AUGACCUCACUACUACUUCUAUCUACCAGCACGUUUCUACAUCCAACAUUUACAUAUUACACUCUACUGCAGAACAGCUCUGUUGAAACCGGCUCCUUAUAUUUGAAUGUGACAAACCAAAUCGCAUCUCAACCCAAUGAGUUUUUCCAUUUUUUGGAAGAAAAUGAAAAUGAAAAUGAAUCUGAUCUGAGCCGUGAUAUCAUUAUUGGUGGUGGUGGUGGUAGUAGUAGUGGUAGUGGUAGUGGUAGUGAUAGUGAUAGCAGCGGUAGUUGCGGUAGUCGUGUUAGUUCCGGUAGCACUGAUGGAGGUAGUGACCAAGACUCAGACUCUGAUAUUACUACAGAAUUGUCAGAUAUCAAUAACGAAUGUAACAACGGAGUGCAUAAAAAAGAAAAUAACAAGGAAAAGAAUAGUUACCAAAAUAGCGAUACAAACUCAAUAAGUAGUGACAGCGAUUUAGAGGAGGGGAAGUAUAAUAGUAAGGAAUUUGGAAAAUACGGUGGAAAAGAUUAUUUGAGAGCGCUGAAAAACUUAAAGACAACGUUAAAUGACAAUGAACGAAGGCAAGGUGAUCAAAGGGUUCAAAUUCAGCGUCGUAAUCUUCGAAAUGGAGAUCACGAUUUACGAGAGUUGGCAAAGAAGGUAUUAAAAUGGAGGGUCAAGGAUCAUUUUACUAGAGUUUAUAAUCCAAGUCCAAAUCCAAGUCCAGGUCCAAAUCCAAAUCCAAGUUCAAGUUCAACUCGACUGAAGCAUACUCUUGCAGAUUUUUUGAAAUCACCAGUCCUACAUACAAACAUGACAAAGAUUGUCACUCUAACAGUUUCCAAAACAGUCACCGUAUCAGUGAGUCCACUGAGUUCAGUAAGAACGAAAAAAGAAACAUGGGAUUUCCUUCCAAAAGCCAACCAUACAGUCACGGUUUCUAGAACAGUUACGGUUUCAGUCGACACCAAGAACUUGAUGAAAGAAAUAACAAAGUUCUUUUCCAAGAAAAAAAUCGGAGUACCUGAGAUGACUGCUGAAAUUGGUGGUACUGAGUCAUAUCUGGCAAUUGAAACAUUUAAACAGGAUAGCAGGAUUGGAGUCACUGAUGAACUACUGAUAAUUAAAACUGCAAUCAGACCUAUUGAAAUUGAAACCGAAAUUGAAACCGAAAUUGAAACCGAAAUUGAAACCGAAACUGGAAUUGAGGCUGUAACCGAAACUGAAGCUGAUGUUGAGACAGAAACAGAAGUUGAGGCAAAUAUCAGUGAGACAUUGCUUGAUAAUUAUGAGCCAGAUGGUACUGAGAGUUAUGGGACACCAGUGGAAACUGGAGAUUCAGACGAAUAUGAAGACAGGUCAACAAAAGAAAAGCUUUUCACGAGCUCAAAGAUACUUGUUGAGUAUAAAGAUGGUCAUUUAAUCAUUGGCACAAAGAAGAAGGUGAGGACCAGUAAAGAAAAGUAUCAAACAGAUGAAACAACAGUAGCCACCACCAUCACCACCACCACAACAACAACAGAAGACUAUGAAGAUACAUAUACGUACUCUAUUGUCCAGCCUCCAAAACUGAAUCCCGAUAAACUCACCAUGUCUAAUGAGGAUGAAAAGUUAGAUACAGAAGAGACCCCUUCCCCCAGCACAGUGAAGGUGAAACCUAAAGAGAAUCUAAUAAGUAUUCUCCCCAUUGGUGGUACAACAAUAAUACUUUAUCCAACAACGUCCUCCAUGGUCAUCUCUUCAAAGCUCCCCACUGUCUCUACAAAUCUCCCCAGCGUUGUCUCUGCCAAAUUCCCCACAAUAUAUCCAACAUCUUCUCACACAUCCAAUACAAAGAAAACCGCUCUAUCUCUUCCACGAUUGAAAAGUCGAAAUCCAAGAGAAGGUCGAAUCAAUUUCAAGCCUAGCACCAUUGUAACAAACUCAACAGAUUUUAAAAACGGCGAUAAUAGUGCCACAAGCGACACAAACCCAAUAACAUCAAUAGCAUCAAUAACAUCAAUAAUAUCAAGUAAUUUCAAAAACGGUGCAAAGUUGAUCUCCACUUAUCGUGGUAGUCAUGCAGUUUUCACAGGCGUUAUUUUACCUCCGAAGCAGCACAUCUUGCAGUCCGUCUCCACAAUAGUAAAUCUAUCUGGAUGUCAUUUAGUAAUAGGCACUCUAGUUUUAGUACUGCUUGUCAUGAUAUUAUGA